CCUGAGGCGGCCCCUCAGGCCCGGCCUGACUCCCUCCCCCGCCUUUUUCUUGCAGAGGAUGCCACCGGGCGCUACAUCUCCCCCUUCCACGAUAUCCCUAUCUACGCGGAUGCUAGCAAGAAUGUGUUCAACAUGGUUGUGGAAGUACCUCGAUGGACAAACGCUAAAAUGGAGAUUGCAACAAAGGAUCCCUUAAACCCAAUUAAGCAAGAUGUGAAGAAAGGAAAACUGCGCUAUGUAGCGAACGUGUUUCCCCAUAAGGGUUAUAUCUGGAAUUACGGUGCUAUCCCACAGGUACUGUGGCUCGUUUUGGUGGCACGGAGGAGGGAGGAUGCCUGUUGCGGAGAUAACGAUCCGAUUGAUGUGUGCGAAAUUGGAAGCAAGAUCUGCUCUGGAGGAGAAGUCAUCAAAGUGAAGGUGCUAGGCACACUGGCACUGAUCGAUGAGGGAGAGACAGACUGGAAGAUAAUUGCUAUCAACAUUGAAGACCCUGAAGCAGACAACUAUAAUGACAUCAAUGAUGUCAGGAGGUUGAAACCUGGAUACUUAGAAGCUACAGUGGACUGGUUCAGAAGAUACAAAGUACCUGAUGGAAAGCCAGAAAACCAGUUUGCUUUUAAUGGGGAAUUUAAAGACAAGGAUUUUGCUGUGAACGUCAUCAAAAGCACUCAUGAACACUGGAAAGCUUUAAUAGCAAAGAAAACUGACGGAGGGGAGAUCAACUGCACAAAUCUGACGGUGUCCGACAGCCCUUUCUGCUGUAGUCAAGAGUGUGCAAAAGCUACUGUGGCUGUGACACCACCAUGUAAAGCUGCCAACCCCAUCCCACCUGAAGUUGACAAGUGGUUCUACUACCAGAAGAACUAA